CACGCACUUGAAGCCUCCAAAACAUCACACUCAACAACGCAAAACACACAACCAUCGCCAAUCGAAACCCAACAGACACAUACACAAGGAGCUCUCUUUGUCUCUGUGCGUGUCGUGCCACUUUGUGCAAUGGUUUCGUGGUUCGGUCGUGGCGUGGAGGACGGGUUUGAAACAGGGCCUCUCUGUCUCUGAAUUCUCAGCUUUUGUUAACCUGUGACGAUUUUCCUGAGAAAAUGAAAAGUGAGAGAGAAAGUGCAAGAAGGUGACGAAAAUGAGACGGCUGAUGCUCUUUCGAGGAGUUUUGUUCUGGGUCGACUUUCUAUUGUCAGCUUUUGGUGGCUUUCUCAUGUUUUCUUCUGGGUAUUUUUGGUUGUAUUCAUGACUUUUUAUGCGCUUCCCCUGCUUUUCAGAGGCUGUUAAUGGUUUCCCAGAAAUGUUUAACUGCUUAAAGAAGCUCUUAUGACUUUUGGCAUUCACAAAUGGCUAUUUUAUAGAUUUCUUAGAGUACUCCUGCAGUAGUUAGGCGAUGUUGUUGCUGGUUGUAUGGAAACAUCAUACUUUUAGAGAAGCUCCCAAGAUCUUUCGCAGUGACAAAUGGUUGUUCAGCUACCUCUCUGAGAGAUCACCCAGUAUUUGGCUCUGAACUGCAGUAAACCAAGCGCGAAGAUAGAUUUCUGUUGGGUGGAUUGAACUUUGUUGAUCUCAUUCCUGCACUCUGUUGGUUAGUUCAACUCUUGAGGCUAACCUCCUUUGGCAGUGGAUAAAUCCUGAAAGAAACUUUGGCUUCCUUUUGGGGCAAAUCUCCUUUGGCAAAAGACACACACACACACCAUGUGCGUGUAUGUCUCUCUAUAUAUAUUAUAUUAACAAGUGAAAGUUCAGCUCUGUUGGGCAAAUCUCCUUUGGCAAAGUUACUUAAGUUCCCUUUGGUUGGUUGAUUUUAUUCUGUAGCAGAUGAGAAGAGUUCUUCUGUUUAGUUGUCAUCAAUUUAUCUCGAACUCCAGCCUUGCUUUAGGCCAGAUCUCCUUUGGCAUUCUGCUUGCUAUUUCGGGAAGCUUCACCUCGACCUCUGGGAAAGAUAUCAUCUGGCAGUUGCAAUUCCUUGAUACUUCUGCAGUUGCGAAAAUCUCCUUUUGAAGUUUGUCGUGGGAAAAUUUAUUCUGGUUGAAACUUCUCUCCACCCAUCGGGCAAAUCUCAUUUGGCAUUUUGAGUCCACUGUUGACUCCUGUUACCCCUCUGUUGGGCAAAUCUCCUUUGGCAUUUGGAGUCCUCGUUGACUCCUGUUAUCCCUGUAGGGCAAAUCUCCUUUGGCAUUAGAUCUCCAGUUGUAGUGGUGAAAGUAUCCUAUUGGAGAUACUAGCACAUUAUCCGUAUCAAAUAUCAAGUGGAAAAAUAUAGGGCAAAUCUGUUUAUCACAGAGGAUUGUUGUGGUAACACUCAUCAUUUCAUCUUUUGGAGACUACACGAACUACCGAUCCUUGUAGCAGUACGUUCUAAGGACUUCAAGAUAAACUAAGAUUUGUAUGUGUUAAAUUGAUCCAUUUCUAGAGGGUUUCUGUGCUUCUUUGGCAAUACCGAUCUCCAAAAAGAUCUUGGUUUAUCAAUCAGUGAAAAUUAACCAAGUUUCUCUAGAGAGCUUAUAUUUUUUUUUUGUCCCAUUUUGCAACUAAGGCAGCUGAAGAAUGGAUAUGCUCCUCAGUGACUCUGAUUGGGAGAGUUUUAGUGAGACUGGAAGUAGUGAGGAUCACGAGGAAAAUGAAUAUUUCUAUGGCGGACAUGCCAGUAGCAUAUUGUCUAGCCUGGAGGCUACCAUUGGGAAAAUUGAUGACUUUCUCUCGUUUGAGAGGGGAUUUAUAUAUGGGGACAUGGUGUGCUCCGUAGUAGAUCCAUCUGGACAAAUGGGAAGAGUGGUUGGGAUCAAUAUGUUUGUUGAUUUGGAGGGUGUUAAUGGAAAUAUGAUAAAAGAUGUGAACUCCAAGAACCUUUUAAAGAUCCGGUCCAUUUCAGUGGGGGAUUAUGUUGUUUGUGGUCCAUGGCUUGGAAGGGUGGAUAGAGUGGUCGACCGUGUUACUGUUGUCUUUGAUGAUGGGACGGAGUGUGAGGUCACUGCUGUUGAUCAAGAGAAGCUCUUACCCAUUUCUCCAAACAUACUUGAAGAUCCACAGUACCCAUAUUAUCCAGGACAGAGAGUGCAGGUCAGGCUUUCAACUGCUUCCAAGUCAACUAGGUGGUUAUGCGGUAACUGGAGGGAAAAUCAAGAUGAGGGAACUGUUCGUUAUGUGGAAGGAGGUUUGGUGUAUGUUGAUUGGCUUGCCUCUGUUCUCAUGGGAUGUGAUACAAAAUUUCCUGCUCCUCCACGUGUGCUCGAUUCAAAAAAGUUGACUUUGUUGUCUUGUUUAUCUCAUGCAAACUGGCAACUUGGGGACUGGUGUAUGCUUCCACUUAGUGACCAUAAAGCUAUCAUGGAGCAGGCUCUUCAGAAUGCAUCUACUUGUGAGCUCAUUAACCAGCACAAGAAAUCAGAAAGAGGAUUCAGGAGAAGAAACACUAAUUCAAAAUUUGAGGAAAUCUUUGUUAUCAUAAAGACAAAGACAAAAGUUGAUGUUGUGUGGCAAGAUGGUAGCCACUCUUUGGGAUUAGAUUCACAGACAUUAGCUCCAGUAAGUGUUGUAAAUGAUCAUGAAUUUUGGCCUGAACAGUUUGUCCAGGAAAAGAGUACUUGUGAUGAUCCACACUUGCCUAGUAGCCAAAGAUGGGGUGUUGUGCAGGGUGUGGAUGCAAAGGAAAGGACAGUAAAGGUGCAAUGGAAAACUAUCACUGCACCUGAAGCAAAUAAUUCAGAGGGAGAGCAAAUGGAUGAAAUUGUAAGCGCUUAUGAACUGGUUGAGCACCCAGAUUACUCCUACUGUUUUGGAGAUUAUGUGUUCAGGUUGGUCCAGAAUCAGUUUGAUGAACAAGCUGAUAAAAACUAUCCAAACACAAAGAUUGGCAUGAGCGAGGAAGCUGCUCCGAUAGACGAGAACUGUGGUGGGCAUCAAGACGAGUACACUGUUAAAUGCUACCUAUCUCACAUUGGAAGUGUUACGGGCUUCAAAGAUGGAGCUGUGGAAGUGAGAUGGGCUACUGGUAUUACAAGCAUGGUGGCCCCUCAUGAAAUUUUCCGGUUUGACAAACAUGAAGGUUCAGCUGGAAUCCCUGCAGAAGAUGACAUUGAGAACUUGAAUCGAGCUAUGAUUCAAAAUGAAAAACAACCUUCUAACCUGAAAGGAAAGGAUUCAUUGAAUUCGGAUGAUGCCAGUAAAGGUUGCAAAAAGUACACAAGGGAGUCUAGUUCCUAUUUCCUUCCUCAAGCUGCUAUUGGAUUUUUCACAAGCAUAGCUGCGAAUCUCUUUGGAUCCCAUGAUUCCGCAUCACUUUCAGGUCCUUCACCAUCAGUCUGUAUUUCUGAAGUUGGAAAUGAAUCUGAGAUCUCCCAUGAGAAAGGAAUAGUGGAAACUUGUGACCUUUUCACUAAGCCACAUUCAACGGCUGAGCUGGAAAGAUUUGGAAAGAAAAUUUUGAUUGAGGAAGGCAAAGAAAUUGAGGGGAAUAGCCUUCCACAUUUAAAAGCCAAUGAGACUGCAGAUCAGUUCAGGCAAUUUGACAUGGUUUCUGAUUGCUCAGACCACAAUUUUCAUGGUGCCAGCAAGGAGUUAGUAUUAUCUCAGGUGAAAAGAGGCUGGAUGAAAAAGAUUCAUCAAGAGUGGAGCAUCUUAGAAAAAGAUCUUCCUGAAAAAAUCUAUGUCCGUGCUUUUGAGGAAAGGAUGGAUCUUCUGCGGGCAGUCAUUGUUGGUGCACCUGGAACUCCAUAUCAUGAUGGGCUUUUCUUCUUUGACAUUUAUCUUCCUCCAGAGUAUCCUCAUGAACCACCUUUGGUGCACUACAGAUCUGGUGGUCUCCGUGUCAACCCUAAUUUGUAUGAGUCUGGAAAGGUCUGUCUCAGUCUUCUUAACACAUGGGCGGGUAUGGGCACUGAAGUUUGGAAUCCAGGGAGCUCCACCAUUCUUCAAGUUCUUCUCUCCCUUCAAGCCCUUGUGCUUAACGACAAGCCAUAUUUCAAUGAAGCUGGAUAUGAUCAGCAGGUGGGAAGAACUGAGGGAGAGAAAAACUCAGUAAGCUAUAAUGAAAAUGCCUUCCUCAUGACUUGCAAGUCCAUGCUGUACAUACUCCACAAGCCACCUAAGCAUUUCGAGGAGCUUGUGGUGGAACACUUCACUCGGUGCUCCCAAAAUAUUGUAAUGGCUUGCAAGGCGUAUAUGGACGGGGCUCCGGUGGGGUGUGCUGUUGAUUUUCAGAAAACGGAUGAUAAACAUUGUAAGGGAAGCUCUACUGGGUUCAAAAUUAUGCUAUCCAAGCUCUUUCCGAAAUUGGUAGAGGCUUUCUGUGAUACGGGAAUUGAUUGCAACCGGUUCAUUGGGCCAGAGAAAUGAACAUGGUGAAAAAGUUGUAAUAUAAAGGUAACCAAGCAAGACAUAUCUGUCAUGUGUAUAAAUAAGUCCAGACACUUCCAAUCUGUGUUUGGUGAAAGAUUGGUCAUGCUCAUGUGUAUUUCUGAGGUUGUGGUUGUUUGCCAAGAAAGAAUAAAUAAAAAAGAAAGAGAAUCUAUGGUUUGUUUGUAUCUGUGAAAAAAUGACUUUGUAAGAUUUGUUAUUCUGUAUUAUACACUGUCUUGCAUACAAAAUUUAUGAAAUAAAAAAGCAUGAGUUGAGUUUGUGUGUUA